AAAUAUACUUUCGGAUGUAUAAUUUAUAUCUAAAUACAGUAUCAAUUAAAACUUUUGCAUUUUCGCGGGUGAUUAAACCGUAGUUCUUUCACAUUUAGAAGAAAGUUUGUUUCUACGCCAAAUAUGUUAUUAAAGCAACCACGACUGCAGUUAGUGUUCCUGACGAUACUGGCAUCUGCGAACGCCGUGGUACCAGGUUCGUCCAGUGCGAACGAGAUCAACCACUUGCAGAAGCCCCGAGCACCAGCCCAGGGUGGCUCUUUGUACCCACAAGCAACGGAGACUAGAGACUUGAGGAAUUUGGAUGGCAUAUGGAACUUUCGGAAGUCGCCUGUAGAUCCAGAGUAUGGAUAUCGGCAUAGGUGGUUCGCACAAGAUCUCGAAAAGACGGGUCCAGUGAUCCACAUGCCAGUGCCGUCAUCAUACAACGACAUAGGCACGGACGCGUCUCUCCGCGACCACGUGGGCCUCGUGUGGUACGACCGGCGGUUCCACGUCCCAGCCGGCUGGGCGCGUGCCGAGCAGCUGGUCUGGCUGCGUUUUAGCAGCGUUCACUAUGCGGCACAAGUUUGGAUAAACGGCAUCUCGCUUGCAUACCACGAGAUCGGGCACUUGCCUUUUGAAGUGGAAAUCACGGACUACGUUCGUUACAACGGUAGCAACCUUCUCACCGUGGUGGUGGAUAACACGCUGCUGAAUGACACCGUUCCGCAGGGCGCCGUCACUGAACUACAGACAAACCAGACGUUCCGGAUCAAGCAGUCAUACACGUUCGACUUCUUCAACUACGCCGGCAUCCACCGCUCUGUGUUCUUGUACAGCACGCCGCAGGCCUACAUCGAUGACGUCAUCGUCAACACCGACAUACAGGGGCUCACUGGUUUCGUGGUGUACAACAUCACGUUCAAAGGCUCCGAUGCAAGUCAUAUUAUAUGUCUCGUGCAACUGUUGGACAAGAACGACACGCAAGUAGUGGCAGCGCAGGACUGUGCCGGGCUGCUGGAGGUCGGCAACGCCAACUUCUGGUGGCCUUACUUGAUGAAUCCUAAUCCUGGAUACUUGUACACUAUGAAGGCCACAUUGAUAGGGCCUCGCGGCGAAGUAGUUGAUACCUACUACCAGAAGAUUGGCAUCAGAACGGUGACGUGGACCAACACCAGUGUUUUUAUCAACGACAAGCCCUUGUAUCUACGAGGCUUCGGAAUGCAUGAGGAUUCUGAUCUUCGAGGGAAAGGCUGGGAUCCAGUGCUGUGGGUGAAGAACUUCAACCUCAUCCGAUGGGUGGGUGCCAACGCAUUCCGCACCUCGCACUACCCGUAUGCUGAGGAAAUCUACCAGCUCGCCGACGAGCAGGGAAUUAUGAUCAUCGAUGAGUGUCCUAGCGUGGACACCAAUUACUUCACGGACUCGCUGCUCGCCAAGCACAAGCAGUCACUGAAGGAACUGAUCCACCGUGACAAGAACCACCCCAGCGUGAUCAUGUGGUCCAUCUCCAAUGAGCCGAGAUCGCAGAUGAAGGGCGCCGAUUUUUACUUCGGAGAGGUCGUGAGACACGUGAAAUCCAUGGAUCUGUCGAGGCCAGUCACCAUUGCUAUUGCACAGAGUUACAUAUCCGAUAAAUCUGCGCAAUACCUGGACGUGAUAAGCUUCAAUCGGUACAACGCGUGGUACCACGACCCGGGCACACUGCAGGUCAUCACGAGCAACGUCGUCGAAGAAGCGACCGCUUGGCACCGCAAGCAUAAUAAGCCCGUGCUUAUGUCCGAGUACGGGGCUGACUCCCUCGCUGGAUUACACUUCUUACCGGAAUACAUCUGGUCAGAAGAGUACCAAGUGGGAGUCAUGUCGGAGCACUUCAAGGCUUUUGACCAGCUGCGUCAAGCAGGUUUCUUCGUAGGAGAGUUUAUUUGGAAUUUCGCAGACUUCAAGACUGCACAGACAUAUACCCGCGUCGGCGGUAACUGCAAAGGCAUCUUCACACGUGCCCGGCAACCCAAGAUGUCCGCGCACCAUCUGCGCAAGCGCUACCACGCGCUCGCCGCCGCCGACGACGGCGCGCCGACGCUGCCGCAGCCCUACUACGUCAGCGACCUCACAAGGGCGAGGCAUGACGAGCUCUAGGGGGCAUA